AACCAGCCAUAUUAAAACCUGUAAUUGAUUGACUGUCAAUGUUGUCUCUGGAAUCAUUUUCAGAAAGCCACUGUGCCCUUUGCCACGCACAACAUACAAGGUGAAUCUACACAGUUUCUGGUAUUUGGAAAUACCAGAAAUAAUAACGGAAGAGAUUGCUAUCAGCAAAAUUUAGAAACGAAAGAUAAUUCAUUUUUUAUUCAGGUAAUCGAAUGGGGUGAAGUUUUUGUUUAAACGAAGUCAUUGAGGGGUCAUCACUGCGACGUUGAAGGCGACAUACAACUACCUCGACUUCAUUAUUAAAACCCUAGUAGCCUCUGUCAACAUUUGCCAAGAGUUUUUGAAUAAAGCUGUGACAAAGAAUGGCAAGAAUGAACAGACCAGCACCAGUAGAAGUUCAAUACAAGAACAUGAGGUUCCUGAUCACUCACAACCCAACCAAUGCCACCAUGGAAAAAUUUAUCGAAAUGCUGAAAAGGUACGAAGCCGACACUGUAGUCAGGGUUUGUGAAUCAACUUAUGAUAAAGAAAAUUUAACAAGCAAGGGAAUUCAGGUUAUGGACUGGGCAUAUGAUGAUGGUGCUCCUCCACCUACAAAAAUAAUUGAAGACUGGUUGGCUUUACUUAAGAUUCAUGUGAAACAAAACCCCAACAAUUGCAUUGCAGUUCACUGCGUAGCUGGAUUGGGAAGGGCUCCAGUUUUGGUUGCCGUUGCUCUUAUGGAAGGAGGAAUGAAAUAUGAAGAUGCAGUUGACUUCAUAAGACAGAGGCGUAAGGGAGCUAUAAAUGCAAAGCAACUCCAGUAUUUGGAGAAAUACAGGCCAAAGUAUUGCCUCAAAAUAAAAGACAAUGGCAAGCAAUCUUGUUGCAUUCAGUAGAAGCUGCUGAAAUAAAACAAACAAACAAAAUCUACUCUAAUAUAUUUUCAUUUUAUCAUUGCAUUAACUUUUGUUAUGAGUGGGUAUGGAUGAUCAUUUCAGCACCACACAUGAACAAGAUAGAUCCGAUGAUAAUGAAUUUUCAGGAGUAAUAAAACUAUCAACUUUGGUAUCUUCCAGAAUUUUGGAUCGAUUUUUGUGUACUUUGCAUUUUUUUUGCAUUUAUUCAACUAUCUUUUUGUUUGCCUGGCCAUUGUCACAUGAUCCAGUUCAAAAUUUGAUUUUGUGUCAACUUUUAACUUCGUACUUCCAUGUUUAGUCUGAUUCAAACCAUGCGUGCCCAACAAUAACAAAUUUUGAACUGCUUUAUUUAUAUCGUAUUUUUUCGUGUGUGCUUUUGAAUUUAUUGAUUAUAUCAUAUUUGUGGCGAACGUUAUCAUUUUUGUGGACGUGGAAAUCUGAGAGCAAAAAUCUAAAAAUUCUCAUUUAUGGUGGAUAAAAGCUAGGCCUGACUAGGCUAUAUAAUUAACUUCACUUAUUUUAAUAACAGUUGGUUUGAUUUCAAUUGAAUUGCCAAUGUAUGUUUAGGCUUCUGAAAUGUUGUUACAUACCUUUCUAGUAUUUUGUUCUGGGAUUGUUUUGGUUUUAUUUUUUAUACCUCAACAGCUCAGAUUAUUCUUGUGCUGCUUUGGUACUUUUUUUUAUCUCUCGAUAUUAUUAAAAUAAUCCCUCUCUUUUGUGUUCCCUGUUGCUUUACAUAUCUUGUACCUUCCAACUCUUGUUACGCAGUAUUCAAAUUUUUUUGCCAUUUCACGAUCUCCUCUCUCUUGUCAAACUGCAUUGUCCACUAGUUUAUGAUUUUACAUGCGUUGCCUUAUCAUUAUUAUUUAAUUGUGAAUAACGGAAGCUUCAACACAGCUAAGCUUGCCUGUUUGUUUUCGAUUGAAAUGUUGAUUAGAAAGACUUAGGUUUGAUGUACACUAUUUCAUGUUUUUGAAUCAUCAAUUGUGUAGAAUGCUUCAGUUUUUCACUAAUGAGUAAUGAAUUACUUUUCAAUUAUUCUACUCCUGUGUUAUUGCUUUAUUUUAAAUAUUGCCAGGCAUUGUCGCUGGCCUGACUUUUGUUUUGCAUUGAAGAAUUUGAAUACGUAGAUUGCCUUUAUUAUCAAUUACUUCCUUGUUGUGAGAAAGAUUUUGUCAUCAUGAUAUCUAUUAUGAUGUCAUAGUUUUGAUAUAGUCUAGUCAUAAUAUAGAAAUGGUAAAAUGCUAACCUUAUCAAAAUUCAGUAUUGGUGGCGUUUCAUGGUUCUGGUCGAUCUAAUCUGAUAGGUUGUCAUAAUCAAAUUAACAACACUGUAUUAGUUUCUGGUCGCACUUCAACAUCACACAUUCAUUGCACUUCAAUACUAGGAACAGAUUAUUAGAGAAAUGAAUGUUUUUGUUGACAUAUUAAUGCAGAUGGUCUUUGUUUUGAAUGUUAAGAGUUUUUUUUAACUACGUUACCAGUGGCUUUGAUUUAUGGUAUGCAUCUGUUUGUGAUAAUGUUAAAUAGUAAUACUUGGGUUUUAUAUUGGCAAAAGUGUUGUUUUCAAUUGGACAUUAUUCAGGACUUGUGUCUUGAAUUUACAUUGUAGAAAUUAAGCACUUCCCAAUAAAAAAAAUGUAUGAGCUUGCAGGCGUAAAAUGCUUCUUAAAAAGUAUGGAGUUUGAAAUAGUGUUGUAAUAUUGUUAAAUUCUGUUUCAAUCACUCAAGUUUAAUACUGAUACACCAGGUUAAAAAGCUUGUUAUUCCAGACGCCCUGAUUUUAUUUAUAAAAUAAAUGGCAACAUAAAACAUACGAUCACAGUAUAUCCAGGAGUUUUUUUUAUUGACAUUUUGCAUCUGAUGAUUGCCUUAUAAUGAGAAAUAUUUUGACCAGUGUUUUUCAACCAUGGUUCCCUGGCAACCUAGUGUUUUGCCAGUACAGUUAUGGCCCACAAGUUUCUAUUUAAAUCUGGGAAUUCAUUUAAUUAUAAUAUAAGGUAUAAUAUAAUCACAAAAUAAGUGUGUUUCACCAGUAUCACUUGAAAGUCCUUCAGGUGUUUCCAGUCAAAUUGUUGUUUGCAUUUUAGUUUAUGAUAGCAAAUAUACCUAUAAUCAAUUCCACAUGAGUUUCUCUGGAAUGUUUCAUUUGGGUUCCUCUCCACCAAAGAGAUUGAAAACCAUUGGCCUGGACUCAAUAUCACCUGGAUUUUGUACGCUGUGCAUUUCCCGUCUUCAUUUGCUUAGUGGUGCACAUCUUUGAGAGAGAGUAAAUAAUAGCAAAUUAAUUUCCUGAUACUGUGGACUGGUAAUUCUGAUGCUAACUGGUAUAUAUGUUAUAUUUGAUUCACAACUAUUUGCUUCUGUUCUAAUGAAUUCAUUGUUGUUAUUUUUUUUGUCAUUGUUACAAUUAACAUUUACUCUUCAGAGGAAAACCUCUUACAGAAUAUUAUGUAAUGCAUUUCCUGGAAUUGUAGUUAUGAACAUGCAUUACUGACAUUCUUUAGCGCAUCGUAAAUAGACUUUUUUGUUCACUCAAAAUUUCUUGACUAAGCCUUCAUACCUUAUCGCACCCAUAAAAUAAUCAACUCCUAAUAAUUUGAUAAUAAAAAGUUGAA